UCUUUUUAGACAGUUUAGUUGUAAACUCAAUUAUAAAAGCCCCUUCUUUCUCUGGAUACGUACAGGCACCUUAUUGGGCAGCCUGCACAGACUGGAGGCGUGAGGGGUCCUCAGCGUUCGGGAGGAAGUGGUGCUGUCGGUCCUCCUGGGCCUCGUAAGGCCUGCAACGUGGAGCUAUGGGAGGCUUGGAGAAGAAGAAGUAUGAACGAGGCUCCGCCACCAACUACAUCACCCGAAACAGAGCCCGGAAGAAACUGCAGCUGAGCCUUCCAGACUUUAGGCGGCUAUGCAUCCUGAAGGGCAUUUAUCCCCAUGAGCCCAAACAUAAGAAGAAAGUUAACAAGGGCUCCACAGCAGCCCGAACCUUUUAUCUCAUCAAAGACAUCAAGUUUCUCCUCCAUGAACCCAUCGUCAACAAGUUUCGGGAAUAUAAGGUGUUUGUUCGGAAGCUCCGGAAGGCCUAUGGGAAAAGUGAGUGGAACACUGUGGAGCGUCUGAAGGACAAUAAGCCCAACUACAAACUUGACCAUAUCAUCAAGGAGCGAUAUCCCACGUUCAUCGAUGCUUUGCGGGACCUGGAUGACGCCCUGUCCAUGUGCUUCCUCUUUUCCACCUUCCCACGGACGGGCAAGUGCCACGUGCAGACCAUCCAGCUGUGCCGCCGGCUCACUGUGGAGUUCCUUCACUACAUCAUUGCCGCUCGUGCUCUGCGCAAGGUCUUCCUGUCCAUCAAAGGCAUUUACUACCAGGCUGAGGUGCUGGGGCAGCCCAUCGUAUGGAUCACACCCUAUGCCUUCUCCCAUGAUCACCCCACAGAUGUGGACUACAGGGUCAUGGCCACUUUUACUGAGUUCUACACCACCUUGCUGGGCUUUGUCAACUUCCGCCUCUACCAGUCGCUCAACCUCCACUACCCGCCAAAGCUCGAGGGUCAGAUCCAAGCAGAGGUGAAGCCAAGGGAGGACGUCUACGCUUUGGACUCUGAGAACUCCAUGGAGAAACUGGCAGCCCUCAGUGCCAGCCUGGCCCGUGUGGUGGUCCCUGCUGCAGAGGAGGAGGCCGAGGCCGACGAGUUUCCUGCUGAUGGGGAGAUGGCUGUGCAGGAAGAGGACCGCAGGAAGGAGCUGGAGGCACAAGAAAAGCAUAAGAAGCUCUUUGAGGGCCUGAAGUUCUUCCUGAACCGUGAGGUGCCCCGAGAGGCCCUGGCCUUCAUCAUCAGGAGUUUCGGGGGGGACGUGUCUUGGGACAAAUCUUUGUGCAUUGGGGCCACCUAUGAUGUCACAGACUCCCAAAUCACCCACCAGAUUGUUGACCGGCCUGGACAGCAAACCCCCGUCAUUGGCAGGUACUACAUGCAGCCCCAGUGGGUGUUUGACUGCGUCAAUGCCCGGCUCCUCCUCCCUGUGGCAGAGUACUUCCCUGGGGUGCGGCUGCCCCCACACCUUUCACCCUUCGUGUCUGAGAAGGAAGGAGAUUACAUCCCACCCGAGAAGCUGAAGCUGCUGGCUCUGCAGCGGGGAGAGGACCCAGGAAACUUGAAAGCAUCUGAAGAAGAAGAGGAGGAGGAGGAGGAAGAAGAAGAAGACAGAAAACACAAUGAAGGGGAUGGUGAUGAAGCGGGAGAAAAUGAAGAGGAGGAGGAGGAGGAAGAAGAAGAAGACAGAAAACACAAUGAAGGGGAUGGUGAUGAAGCGGGAGAAAAUGAAGAGGAGGAGGAGGAGGAAGUGGCUGGUUCUGAGGAGGAAGAAGAGGCCCACCUGGCAGCCUUGGAGCAGCAGAGGAUAGAGGAGAAGAAACCCAGGGUGAUGGCAGGUACCGUGAAGCUGGAGGACAGGCAGCGGCUGGCCCAGGAGGAGGAGAGUGAGGCCAAGCGCCUGGCCAUCAUGAUGAUGAAGAAGCGGGAGAAGUACCUUUACCAGAAGAUCAUGUUCGGCAAGAGGCGCAAAAUCCGAGAGGCCAACAAACUGGCACAGAAGCGGAAAGCUCAUGAUGAGGCUCUGAGGUCUGAGAAGAAGGCAAAGAAGACAAGGCCUGUGUGAGUGCUUGUGGCCCGCCUGGCAGCUGGACAUGGCAGAGACAGGCCAGCGGACCUAAGCUUGGUGGCAGACUGGUCACUUCUGUUCUUAGCCCCUUCCCCUGGCCAGCCCUAGCUCCCUCAUGCUCUCUGGUUGGGUGUGUGGGCCAUCCAGUUCCCAUGGAUGGAGCUCCCUGCUGGUGGCUGAGCAGAGAAGAGGCCUUCUGCAUUCUCAGGAGUCAGUGACAUGGGGAGCAGCCAGCUGACAGACCCCUCGCUUGCUGCCUCCAUUCACCCUGGCUUUCCCACAUAGCCUCCACCCACAUGACUGGACCUGUGAUUGUCAGGGUGCUGUGAUGGGGUGAGAGUGGGGAAACUUCUGUUAUUAAACGGCUGGACUUCUGUAGCAUUUGGA